AUGCCACUAGAAACAGUUAAUUUUAUGAAUAAGAACACGAAGGAUGGGGAAACAUUUACCCCCACACCUGAGGAGAUUCAAACAAUCAGAAAAAAAAUGGAUGACCCGAAGUUCUUGAAGCUGUUUCAAGAAUACAUGAAGUCCAUGGAAGACCCCGAAACCCGCCGCGAAGAAGAGGCCUAUCUUGAACAAGUUGAGCGGGAGGCAAGGGAAGGAGGGGAUUAUAGCUUUGACUUUGUCUUUCCGCGUCCGGGUUUCGUUGUGGAGCUUUUGGAAGCAAAAACAUCCUAUCGUGUGAAAGCCACUUCGUCAGUGGCAGCGCAGGCAAAAAAGCAUGCGAACACGCCCGUAUACAUUAAUAUGUGUAGCAGUGAGAAGAUUGACCCCUUCCGUGAGGAAACUACAGGUGAUCGCAAUAGUAGUAAUUGGUUCGUCCCGGUUUCUAUCUCGAAACCACGAACAGAGUUGUUCAGUGAGGAACCAAAUCGGAAUGCGGGUGAGGAAGGGCAAGAGGUCGAGAGUUGUGGCCCGGAUGCUGUGGUUGUCUAUGAUGCGGUGUUUCACCCACACACGUUGCAGUUGGCAGAUCGAAGCGACCGUUUUUGUUGCUUUCUGGUGAACAUUGCCGUUGAGCAUAUCAACACAGGUUACGGAGAUAACCACGGUUUUCAAUUUCGUCGGUUGUCCAGUGACGUCGCGUCAGUGGGGAGCCUGCAAAACCAAACGGUCAGGCGGGAGAAGGGCAAAUCACCUUUUGAACUAGCGGCAAAUGAACCAGUGUUGAAACGGCCAACGCAAAAGCUCCCCCAACCACUGGAGGUCGCGGAGGAAAAGUCGGGCAGAGGUUCCUCAUCGGAGAAGGGGAUCGCCGGUAGCGUCGGAUGUCGAAGCGAUGGGAAUAAGGGAAAGGAUAAAAAAGUAAUUAGUGAAGAAGCCAAAGGAAGUUCCACCAGGAGAGGAACACCUGAAGAGGAGAACAUGCCGCAGUACACCAUUGCCCAUCGUGGUCACAUUGACCUCUCUGAUACGUGGGGAUGGAAGAUUGUGGACCGCCGCAUCGGCGUUCCCGAGGCUCUCGUUGUGAAAAUGGAAUUUGUGGGUUUGCAGUCCUCCUCUGCACUCGAUGUGGAGGUGGAGGGCAUGUACGUGAAAAUUGCUCGUAGUAACCUGCACAAUUACCACGGUUCCCUGCUACUACCCUUCACGGUUGAACCGACACCACUCGAGGCGAAAUUUGAACGGAAGCGCAGCACGCUGACGUUGGUGUUACGGGUUGUGCCACCAGCUCCUACGGGAGUGAGCGCAGCGGAUAUGCGGCAGCAAUUGAUGGGGAGUUGUACUGCUGAUGCCCCCAUGGACGCCGACGCCGGAGGAGAGCAGGUGCUCAAUGAUCAUCAUACCGACGGGAAGAAGGCAGACACCGCAACCGUCGAUGAUGAUGCAAAUCCUACUACAGAAAGUGAAGACGUUCACACCGGCACGGCGGUUCCAAAUUCAAUGGAGAAGAAUGUGGAAAGGAGGGAGGAAGACGUCUCUACACCACAGUUUUCCACAAUGUCUGAUCAGGAGCGCGUGCGGCAGGUGAUGGAGAAGGUUCAGGCCGCACGACGAGAGCGGGAGCGGGUAGAGAGAGAAGAGAUAGAGAAGAAAAGUGGUGAGAACAGAAAGGAUACAAACACCGAUACCACUGUCACAGAAGGUUGUGCAUUGGGUAACGGUGCGGUAGUCGAUAGCAGUAUUGAUCACAACCACACCCCGGUUGAAGCGGCAACGGUAAUGCCAGCUGCUACCGCCGCGGUUCCUCCUUCAGACGGUCCUUCGGAUGAGCGGAGGAAGGAAGAGGAGCUGGAAACUUUGCGGCGAAGACAGGACGCAUGGCGUCAGGGCGUACAGCAGCGCUUGGAUAUGACGGAGGAGGAGGAGCGUCAAGAGGCACAGCGCGUUGAGCGUGAAGCACAGCGAGAAGCCGAGCGGCUGAAGCGGCGUGCUAACGCAGCGAAACUGCAGGAAGCGGCUGAAGCGAAACUUCGUGAGUGCAUGAAUGAGGUUCCUUUGAGCAACAAACAUAUUUUUACCAUAGAUUAG